AUCAUGGGACACAGAAUUAGUAAAAUAAUAAUAAUUGUGAUGUAAUUAAUAAAAAUUCCGAACAAGUGCAAGUCGGACUCGCGCACCAAGUGUUCCGUACAAACCUAAUAAAUAUCAUCAUGCAGUUGGAAGUAGCUGAAGCAGCCUCGGAGAGGUUGUAUCCUGCUUUGUUUCAAUGUUUUACUGUUAUCAUUAGCGGAUACAUUGCUGGUAGACUUAAUGUGGUCACCAAGGCUGAGUCGAAAGGCAUUGCCACAUUUGUGGGCACCUUUGCAUUACCAUCACUCAUAUUCUUGUCUCUAGCUCAAUUAGACUUUAGCAUUGUAAAUUGGACAUUUUUAUUUUCGAUGCUAUUAGCAAAAGGAGUAGUAUUCUUUGGAGUUGUUCUUGUCACCAUUUUGGUGACAAAACCAAUGAACUUAGGACAAGCAGGAAUGUUUGCAAUAUUUUGCACACAGAGUAAUGACUUUGCUUUGGGAUAUCCAAUUAUUAAUGCAAUAUAUGAAAAAACUCAUCCUGAAUAUGCAUUAUAUCUAUAUUUAAUGGCGCCUAUUUCUCUGGCUAUACUAAAUCCGUUUGCUUUUGUGUUGCUUGAAAUCAAUAAGCAGAGACAAAAUACGGAUCAGUCUGAUAGUGCACAAAACCAAAAGAAAUAUGUUAUGAGAAUAAAAAUGCUACUACAGAUUCUCAAAGGAAUAGUAUUUAAUCCAGUAUUAGUGAUGACUGUGUUAGGCAUUAUUGGAAAUAUCGCUUUUAAACAUAAACUGUCCAUCUACAUCGAAGGACUUUUAGAGGUUUAUGGUCAAGCCUUUUCCGCAUCAGCUCUAUUCUUAUUAGGAUUAAGAAUGGUUGGUCAAGUGCAUCGGCUUAGAGGGCCUGCGUUAAUUGUCCCCUGUGUACUAAUUAUGGUUAAAUUAGUAAUUUUGCCUGUUGUAAUGAGAGAAUGUGUGUCUGCACUGAACGCUGGUGAAAAUCAGACAGAAACAUCAUCACUGUCAACAUAUGCAUUCUUGUAUGGAACCAUACCAACAGCUCCGGCCGUGUUUGUAUUCUCAAAUAUAUACCAGUUGGAAAUGGACCUGGUGGCAUCAUCAAUGGUUAUUUGCACAUUCUUAUCGGCUCCUAUAACAUUCCUGUCUGCUCAAGUGAUUACCUUAAAUAAGGACUAUGCUGAUCAACUUAAGAAAUUUAGCUUUGAUUUAUCAAUAGUAUCAUUAUUUGCUGCUCUAUGGAUCUUCAUAGUUUUCACUGUGACGAGAAAAUACAAACGAAUGCCUCACAGGAUUACAUUCUGCUUGAAUAUUACUCAAAUACUGUUGGCAAUCAGUAUGAUAUGGGGAGGUCCGCUGAACAACUACCCGCCGUCCUGGCAGUACGUGGCGCAACAAGGUUUGCAGAUAUUCACCACUUACUCCUGUUUACUCUGGACUUGCAUGUUGUCUGUUGGACUACUAACAUUGGAGAGUCGCGGGCCGUGUUUCGUGUUGACGCUAUGGCCUGUGCUGGCGUUCGUGGCGUGGGGCGCGCCCGCGGUGAUGGUCAUCAUUCUGCUGGCCACCAAGCCCACCGGUGGGAUCGUGGAUAGCAACUCUACGGAUGUCAUACGCCUGUGUCUUCUGGUCUUUAGCUUAACGGUGACGACGGGUUGUUUGAUCCUGUACAUCCGAUUCCGGCGCCGCAGCUCGCACUUUGCGGCGCUGUCGGAUGACCUGGCGUCCAGUCCACCAGAUGAGACCACCAGCCUCGUCGACAACGCGGAGCCCACCUCCAACACGCAGUCCGUUUCUAACAUUGGUUGUUACGGCGCAAUAACAGCAACGCCCUCACCUAAUAGAAAUCCAAACGGCUGCUGCACCAAUGACCCAAACUGUGAAAGCGGCUUUAUGAAUUCAUCCUCGCGGGACUUGGAAGACAUCGCCGAUAAUAACAAGGAUUGUGCGUGCACAUGUAGUGAGGGUGCGGUGAGGGCGAGGGCGGGGGCUGGCGGGUGCGGCGCGGAGGGCCCGUGCCAGUACCUGAGCGAGCUGGAGCGCGCGGCGGGCCUGCUGGGCCUGCUGCCGCCCGAGCAGACGCGCGGCCGCGGCGGACAGCUGCUGCGGCACACCGUGCUCAUCAUCGCGUACAAUCUCACCAUGUUCAUCGGGGUGACGUACACGGGAUGGCGAGUGUUGCGCAAGGACGAGAGCGGCGUGUACAUUGAGAUCGCGUUCUUCGACAUCGCGGCCAACAGCGGGCAGGCGCUCAUCAUGUUCGCGCUCUUCGGUCUCAACCCGCAGGAGAUACUGCUGCCCACACUCAGGUUCUUCAAGAACAAAUGGAAUGGCGCCGACACGGUGAAGUUACCACCAAUAGAAGAGCUGAGCUUCGAAACCAAACAUGUAUGCGAGCAGUUCAUCACUCAUCACUUCACCCGGUGCCAGGACGACAUCACUCAGGAUAUCAGAUGGAGGAUGCGUACAUACCGCGGUGUGUUCCGCGGCUCAUGUUUAGUUCGCUGGCUGGUGAACUCCGGCCUCGUGGGUGAUGACUUCGAGGCUGUCACUUAUGGACGACAUUUACUUGACGGCAGACUCAUCUCACACGUAAACAACACCUAUCAUUUCACUAAUAGCCCCCUAUUGUAUAGAUUUAACUAAUCUUGUAACUAUUCCUGUAAUGAACAUUAUUGUUAUCUCUAGUUUUUUUCUAGGAACAUAUUAGGGAUAGUAAUAUUGUUGUAAUACAUGUUACGACAGAUGUAACUAGUUUCGUAUUUACCACGACUAAAGCAAUGUUUAUUCGGAUUGAAAAUUGGGCACAUUAUUAGGCACAAAAAUUUAGAAAAUUUUAUAUUCUUAAAAAAUAUAUAGUAGAU